AUGUCAGCAAACAGCACCUCCGUCCAUGAAAAACUGGUGCAAAUCGAAAAGCCACGCCAAAUCGACCGUUUCAGUUUCUUCUCCUCGGACACGCUGGGCACCAGCACAGGGUCGUCAUGGGAUGAACUCUUCCCUGGUGGUGACAUCGACCAUAUCAUUCAAGAGAAGACCAAACAGCGCCCCGACCCAUCUCGACCAACCUGGUGGAUCGAUGUGUGCGAUGCAUCGGAAGAAGAUGUAUCACAGCUAGCGCAGGCACUGUCAAUCCACCCACUCACGGUGGAGGAUAUCGUUAUCCGUGAACCGAGAGAGAAGGUAGAGGUGUUUAAGAAUUACUACCUCAUGUCCUUCCAAACGCUGGUCGAUAAUCCCAAGGAAGAAGAGGAAAGACCUGGAUUCCCGCAUCCAGCCGAGAUGUACAUCCUUGUCUUCCAGUAUGGUGUUGUGACUUUCUCGCCCAGUGGAUGUCAUCAUAUCAAGCGCGUUCGCUCGCGAAUCCGCAAAAUGCACGAUCCGUUGAUUCUGUCCAGUGACUGGAUCUGCUACGCUCUGAUCGACGACAUAGUCGACAGUUUUGAACCAUACACCAGUUCUGUAGAACAGGAAUCCGAAGCAAUAGAAGAUCAGGUCUUCAUCGCGCGAAUCGACGACGUAAAAUCUCUGAUCCCAACCGUCGACAUCCUCCGGAAGAAAAUCACCCACAUAAUCCGCUGUCUACACAGCAAAGUGGACGUCCUUAACGGCUUCGUGAAACGCUGCGAAGCACCCGACCGCUCCCCGUCUUUCCGGGCGGCGAGUUACUCCUCUAUUUCGGGGAUGUACAGGACCAUCUCGUCACGACGUUGUCGACACUGGGCCACAUUGAUGAGAUUAUCGGUCGAAGUCAGGGAAAUUGUUUGGCGCAGCUUAGUGCGUCGAGUUUGA